CAAUAAUUGUGUGAGGAAGAAAUUAUAAUCUGCAAAGUGUGCGAUAAGAGUAUUCCCCAGCCGGAGUCAGUUCACCCCUCGCAUCAUACAGUUCUUCAGUUCGGGAAGAUGGCAUUUUCUAUGCCCAGAUUUUUCACUUUUCCCGCUAUUUAUCCCCCCACUUCGAAACUUCCUUCCAUUUUCCGGCAGUCAUUUGUAAGUUAUCCCACAUCCAGUAAAAUAAACUCCAGCUUUGGGUGUAGGUACACUUUGUUAUGUUGCUAUGCGGCCGCGAAGCAGCAGAAAAGUGGCGGCGCCCCUCCGGCGAAGAAGAAGAAGCAAAAGAAGUCGAGUAGCAGGAAAAAUAAUAUUGAAGAAGAUUAUGAGAUUCAAAAGAGUGUCAGCGGCGGUGGUCGGGGUGGCGCGGUGGAGGUGCGAGAGUCGCCGUCACGGUCGGAGCUGCCUAUGCCGAAUCCACCUGCGGGUUUUGUGUUUGAUGAGCACGGAAAUGUUCUUAUGGCUUCUAACAAACGCAUUACAACUAUUGUGGACUCUACAAAUAACUUGCCUCUCGAUUGUGUUAUAAGGAGGGUAUUUAAAAAUUCCCGGGGAGAUGAAUGCAUGCUGCUCUGCCCAGUUGAUGCACCUGUUGAGAUUAUGAAGAGUGUCAAUGUUGAAGGAUGGUCUGCUGUUAGUGAUCAAGAACUUGAGGCUAUCCUUCCAACUGCAUCUUAUGCACUAGCCAAAAUACAUAUGCAUCUUGUGUGCAGUGGAUUUUGCUUUACUGCACGAGGUGGUUUUUGCUACAGUGAGAAUGCUAUAUUUGAAUAUCAAAUGGAUAAUAGGGAAGAUGGUUUGCCAGCUGAAGGCGUUGAAAUUACAUGCUUCAAUGUGGAUGGUUCGCACUAUAUGAUUUACACGCCAGCGGACCCUCUUUUGUUUGUUGCAGUGAAGGAUGAAAAUGGUGUAUUACAAAUAGCUGAUGAUGAACUCUUGGAGGAUCCUGCUGUAAUCAGUGCCAUAGAUGAAGAGACUGAAUUCAAUGCCUUGGUGGAAGAAGAGACUGCUCUACUUGAUUCGGUAAUGGGGAACAUUUGACACAGUGUUCACCUUAUUCUAUUCCAAUUCUACCUUAAGUCUGUCAGCAAGGCAACUAAUGUUUAGGAA